ACCCUUCAGUCCACGGGCCGAUGCUCUAUCCACUGGGCCACACUGGCCAGGGCUGUGGGACACGUUUUAAGUACAUUGUAUCAGUUUAUAAAAAUUAAGAGUUUUCACUUGAAAACAUGACCUAAUUUUUAGCUUCUCACCAGAGACGGGCAGUUCUGACCACUUGAGGCCCGUGUUUCCCCACAGUCAGUUGAGUCCAGCUGCCCCUGUACACGGGGCCCAUUCCCUGUCCCCUCCGGUGUCGCCCUCGGGUUAAACGCUCGCACUGGCCACGCCAGCCCUGGGAGCCCGCCCGGUCCCUGAGGGCAGGGGGGCUUCUGACUCUCACUGUGACCCUCUUGUCAGAGGACAGGCCUGGCUCUGAGUCCGAGGGUCGUGUAAACUGUAGAUGCAUAACAAACCACCCCAGGCCCAGGGCCUUGACAGCAGCCGUUCUGUGGCCCACAGAUCUGCGAGGCAGGAGCGCAGACGGUCUCUGUCCGCACCCUCUCCUGUCUGAGAUCGCUGUGGGUCUGCGGUGGGUGGUUCGGUCUUGCUGGCGGCUCUCACACGUCCUCGCUGUGCCGUCCACAGGGACAUGUAGAAGCCCAGUGGGUGCCAGCGGGACCCGGCUCACAUCCCAGGACGUGCACUCUCUCCUCCUCCCCACUCCUCCUCUUCCUGCGAGCGCUGAGCGGACAACCCAGCUGAUUGGGCCUGUGUGUGAUGUUUCAGGAACCGGUGACCUUCCGGGACGUGGCCGUGGACUUCUCCCCGGAGGAGUGGGGGCGGCUGGGCCCUGCGCAGAGGACGCUGUACCGGGACGUGAUGCUGGAGACCUUCGGGCACCUGCUGUCUGUGGGGCCUGAGCUUCCCAAACCUGAAGUCAUCUCCCAGCUGGAGCGAGGCGCUGAGCUGUGGGUGUUGGAGCGAGGACUCGCCCAGGGCUGCUGUCCAGGUGGGGAUCCCUACGGGGCGCUGCUGGGAAGGAGUGGUGAGCCGGGUCCUCCAGACCAGUGCUCACAGCGAAAGGUUACGGGGAAGGUCCAGAAAGGGGAAAGGGCAGGCGAGGCCAAGUCCAGAGGAAGGCAGGAUCCAGGUCGCUGUCCCCAUGGGCUCCAGGUCACUGUCCCCAUGGGCUCCAGGUCGCCGUCCCCAUGGGCUGAAGGUCGCCGUCCCCAUGGGCUGAAGGUUGCCGUCCCCAUGGGCUGAAGGUCGCUGUCCCCAUGGGCUGAAGGUCACUGCUCCCCUGGUGCUGAGUCUGGUGGUUGCUGCAGCCGCCAGAGAAAAUGGGUCCACCUUCACCUCAGCGCACUAAGCAGGGAGCCCUCCUGGGCCUGGAGGCCUCGGCACUGCAGCUCCCCAGGGUCCCUGAGGUGGGCACCCCACUACCUUGUGGCCUGUGACUCGGGUUUUCUAAAACUGAGCUGCUCGCCUGCCCUGAGCCCCAGGCUGCUGCUCCAGGCUUCCUUCAGCGUCUGCUCCCAGCUCCUGACGGCAGGCUCUCCGUCUGUUGGGGUCACUGCUUGAUCCCCAGCAUCUGAGGUCAGAUAGCAAGUAUUUUAGGCUUUGCAGGCUGCGUGUAGUCUUCCUAUCACCAUGAACAUAACAACUUAAAACAACACACA